AUGAAAAAAGGACUCAUCCGUCUCUCUUCCAACUAUCUAUUAAGACAAUCUAAGUUAUUUAGCACAAACAAUCGUUUAGUCUUUAGAUUUUGCUCGGCUAAAUAAGAAAAGCAUGAAUUCAAGGCAGAAACCAAGAAAUUGCUUGACAUAGUUGCCAAGUCCAUCUACACUGAUAAGGAUGUUUUCUUAAGGGAAUUGUUAUCCAAUGCCUCAGAUGCCUUGGAAAAACAAAGAUUCUUGGCAACUUAAAAGGGCGAAUAAGUUCCAUCAGAUCUAGAAAUAAAGGUUGAAUUAGAUGAAUAAAAGAGAACAAUCACAAUAGAAGACUCUGGUAUAGGUAUGACAAAACAAGAAAUGAUUGACAAUCUUGGAACAAUUGCAAGAAGUGGGUCAAAAUAAUUCUUAGAACAAGUUGGAUCAUAAAUGAAUGAUAAGAUCAUUGGUCAAUUUGGUGUUGGAUUCUAUUCCUCAUUUAUUGUAGGAGACACCGUAGAAGUGGUGAGUAAGAGUGAAAGAUCAGAUAAGACUUAUGUUUGGGUAUCAGAUGGAACAGGAACAUUUGAAAUUUCAGAAGCCAAGGAUUAUUUCUAAGGAAGAGGAACUAAAAUAACCAUCCAUCUCAAACCAGAUUAAGCUGUUUUCAGCAAGAAGACUGAAGUGCUUAAGACUAUUUAGAGAUACUCUAAUUUCAUCAAUUAUCCAAUCGUUGUGAACGGAGAGAGACAAAACAUUGUAUCAGCCAUUUGGGUGAGAAACAAGAACGAAAUCACUCCAGAAGACUAUAAUAAAUUCUAUGAAUACAUUUCGAAUUCUAAACUUGCUUAUAAAUACAAACUUCAUUAUUCUACAGAUGCUCCUCUAUCAAUCAAAGCCUUGUUGUACAUUCCAUAAACACAUAUGGAGAAAUACGGCAUGUAAAUGGAAGAAUUCGAUAUCAGUCUUUUUUGUAAGAAGAUAUUAAUAAAGAAGAACUGCAGAGAACUCCUACCACAUUUCCUUAGAUUUGUCAAAGGAGUUGUGGAUUGUGAAGAUCUCCCCUUAAAUAUUUCAAGAGAGGGCUAUCAAGAUUCAGCCUUGAUUGCUAAACUCAAAUCCGUGGUUGCCAAAAGAAUUAUCAAAGAAAUUGAAUCAGAAGCACUCAAAGAUCCUGCCAAUUACCUUGCAUGGUAUCAGGACUUUUAGAACUUCAUUAAAGAAGGAGUUGCUAUGGAUGAUGAACAUAGAAACUCCAUGACUAAAUUAUUGAGAUUCUAAACAAACAAAUCUGAAGACUUCAUUUCUUUGGAUGAUUACAUUUCUAAAUUACCUUAAGGCAUCAAUAAUAUCUAUUACUAUCUUGCUCCAACAAGACAAUAAGCUCUAACAUCACCAUACAUGGAACCUUUUUCUAAUUCAGAAAUUCCUGUCAUUUUGACUAUGAAUCACAUGGAUGAAGUCGUAUUCAAAUAAAUAAAUGAAUAUUCAUCAAAAAAAUUCAUUAACAUUGAAAGUGAUUAAGCAGAAGUUGACAAGGUUGCUUAAAAAUCAACUGAAGAAAAUGAAAAGAAGGAGGAAACUAAUGUUGAAACAACAAUACCUAAUGAUGAAAUCACACCUUUCUGUUUAUGGUUAAAGAAUGAAUUGAAUCCCAUUAUCUCUUAAGUCCAAAUCUCAAAAAGAUUAAAGACUUCCCCUGCUAUCAUAGUAUCUGCAAUUUCAUCAGGAAUGAGACAAGUCAUGCAUGCUAUGGGAUAAUCUACUGAUGAUUUGAAAAACUUAACACUUGAGAUCAACGUGUAAAAUCCAAUCAUUGUUAACUUGAAUAAAGUCAGAAAAUCUAAUAGAGUUAUUGCAUCAUUAGCAAGCAAAUAGAUAUUGGAUGGCUGUCUCUUAUCUUCUGGAUUGUUAAGAGACCCAAAGGAAGUUGUCGAAAGAUAACACAAGAUUUUAAAUGUGUUGUUAACCUCUGAAAUUAAUACACCCAUCGUUGAAGAAGUGGGAGCAUAUAGAGAGGAAGCUAUUAAAUAAAAGGAAUCUAAGAAAGAUGAUUUAGACACAGAAAUUUUCAUUGAUAGCGAUGGCAAUCCUUAAGUUGUUAAAAAAAAUAAAAAAUGAAUAAUAAUAUUGUAUAUUACAUAUAUUAUGUAUAU